AUGUUUGGCGCUGGUCUGCGGAGAACUCCCUUGAGCAUACGUGCUGAAGGUUCAUAUCUGCAUGCCAGUGACCAGGGUGUGCUACGCGUACCUACUGGCAUAUGGCCCUUUGUCCUGUGUCAGAUGCAUGGAAGCAGUCUGCGGAGAACUCCCUUGAGCAUACGUGCUGAAGGUUCAUAUCUGCAUGCUGUUUUCCAGUAUGCAGUUGACUGUCAUUGUGCUCUUCCGUUGAUGUUUCGUGAUAUCGUGCUCGACUAUCUCGGCAGCGUGGACUAUAAAGAUUGGUCAAUUAUAUCCAUGUUGCAAUACAUAGAAUCAAAGCGGGAACUACAUGCCGAUGCGAUCGAUCAUAUCAAAGGAGAUGUCUAUACCGUGCUCCAGAGCUACGAGAAAGGUGGAAGCGUCUGCAAAAAUGCUAAAAAAAGGAUAAACAAAAUAUUGUCUACAUAUGACAAGUCGUUCUCAGCCGCCGAAAUAUCGCAGUUCAAGAAUAAGUUGCGAUGCAAGGCCGAAGCAGAGGAACACAAGACAGCAUUAAGAAUGAAGCAUACUUCAGAGUGUACCGUUGAAGAUUUAAAGGAAUUUCAUGCGAACAGGCGUAUUGUCAGUCAGCUCAUUGAUGGAAACGAUAACAAUAACAAAUCGACUGAGAGAGAUAAUAUUCACCAGAGACAACCGGGUGACGACGACAACCGCAAAAGUAUGGAACAAUCGGACAAUGAGAAGGACAAUGAAGAGCUCAUACGUCAGGCCGAUAGCGAAAAAAAUGUUGCUGAGGGUAGUGGAGAUUAUAACACGAUGGAUUGCUUUGCGGAACGCAUUGAAUAUCAGCCGCCAACAUCUCGUCGGCGAUCGUGGACCCUUAGUAGUGGGACCGACGUAGAAGAG